GUGGAGAAGCCAAUUUGACGAUGUUCCAGCGUCUCCGCCAUGCCGUCGGCUGGGGGUCGUCUUCUGUGAUCGGCAUGCACAUGAGCGGCGGACAGUCGCGUGUGGACUUUCAAGUGCAUGCGCAGCUAGGCCACGGAGAGUCGCUUUAUGUGGUUGGGGAUGCAGCUGGUCUGGGAAAUGCCCUGUCCAUGCACAUCGUCGACGCGAGUCACCUCAAUAGUCCGCUUUCGCUUCCUUCGUCUGGCUUGAGCUUCAACGCCCCAUCUCCUGGUGCCCCUGUCCUCAAGAAGCCAUUCAGUGAUUCUGGUGAAGAAGUGCCCCCAGAACUGAAACAUAGCUUGUCCUCGGGCAUGAGUGCCCCAACCGUGUCAAGUUGUCGGUUGGUAACUACCCCCGAGAUGUAUCCGUUGUGGUACAACGCUGAGCCAGUCGUCCUCAAUUCCAACACAAAUCUCACGUAUCGCUAUGCUGUGUGCUCGAACGGCAAGUUUGUGCGGUACGAAUCGUUUGAGAGGAGUUCCGUCGUGGCAGGUGACUCGCAUCAAGUCGUCGAUGUGCUCGAUCAAAAUCCCAGCGACGUGAACUUGAACGAAAGGGGUGAUCAACAUCGCACCCAAACGACGGUCGUGCCGCGUCUGAGCAGUGGUCAGGCCUUUGUCGACCGUCGCGCCGUCUGCGCUUGCAACGACAGAGAUAACAUUGGUAUUUCGCUCCAUAACAGCCAUCGUGGGUCGAAGCGAGGGACGCUUCUUCAGGAGUCGUACUCCAUUCCAGAAGGAGAUGAGGAUGCCACCGAAACCAAGCAAGCCGCGCCGAAAAAGUACGUCAUCGAAGAAGAGGCUAGCAACCCCCUCAACCAAGGUGGGAUCGGGCUUGGACAACGCCGCCGCACCAGCGGUAAUUACAGCCUCCACUCGCCCCGUCACAAGGAAGUCGGGGACGCGACAUCCGCCAACAGCACGACCAGUCCAAUUUCUCCUCAGAAUGUCACUAUCCAACCCACGGAUGGCGUGAUCAUUGUCGUUCAUCGGCUGCCGGUGCUUGUGACCAAGAUCGGCGACGGUGAGUACCAUAUCGACUGGGAAGACGACAACUUGCUGUGUCCAUCGGGCCUGAUCAAGGACAAUCAAAGCAACGGACUGCUGUACCGCGACGGGACCGCGAGCGCAAUGCGAUUAACGUGGGUCGGUAUGGUGCACUGCAAUUCUGUGAUUCCCAAGGCCGACGAAGAGAAGCUUGCCCGGCAGCUGCAAGCUUACCAUUGCGUUCCAGUGUUCAUCGACCCCGUCAUGAGCCAAACGUUCCACUCGUUCUGCUACGGGACGUUGUGGCCGAUUGUGCACAACAUUGUGGACGUGUACGGAAAACUUCCGACGCGGUGGUGGAACCCGUCGCAGCAAAAGAACGCGUGGAGCUCGUACAUGCACGUGAAUCGCAUCUUUGUCAACAAAGUCAUCGAAGUGUACAACGAAGGCGACCUCGUCUGGGUCCACGGCCUCCACCUCCUCGUUGCCCCGUCCUUUUUGUCGCGUCGGCUGCCUUAUGUCAACGUGGGGCUGUUUUUGCACACGCCGUUCCCGUCGUCCGAGAUCUUCCGGACAUUGUCCGUGCGCGCUGACUUGUUGCGGGGCAUGCUCUCGUCCGACCACAUUGGGUUUCACCUGUACGAGCACGCGCGGCACUUUUUGACGAGUUGCAGACGCAUCCUCGGACUUAAAUACAACGCCCAAGCGGGAGGAUACAUUGGCGUUGAGUACAAUGGCCGCAUGGUCGCCAUCACGAUCAGCCACAUCGGGAUCGAACCUCCCUUUGUGGACCGGUUGUCUAUGCGGGAUCGCGUCGUGGAAGAGACGGCUCGGCUGCGGGCGCUCUACGGCAAGAAAAAGAUCAUUGUCGGCGUCGAUCAAGUCGAGCGGCUGAAAGGAAUCAACCUCAAGAUGCUCUCGUUGGAACAGUUUUUCCUCAUGCACCCGCAAUAUCGCGACACGGUGCAAGUGAUGCAGUUUGGAAUCGUCGACGCGUCCGAUACGUCGGAGGCCAAGCUGAAGCUGCGCAAAGAAAUCCAAUCGAUCGUCGACCGCAUCAAUGCAACGUAUCCCCAACCUGCCGGCACGGAACCACUGGUCGUGUACCGAGAGCUCCACAACACCGACUUGUCGAUUCGGCUUCCACUAUGGAACGUUGCCGACGUGAUGUUGCUCACGAGUGUGCGCGAUGCGGUCAGCCUGUAUCCGUUCGAGUUUGUCUACGCCCACAAUGUCACCAAGCGCCCCGGAGUCGUGAUUGUGUCCGAGUUCUCCGGCAGCAGUCGAGUUCUUACAGGUAGCCUGGGCGUGAAUCCGUGGAAAAAGGAUGAAGUUGUUGAGGCGCUCGUGACGGCGUUGGAAAUGCCGGAAGAAGAAAAGGCUGCUCGUCACGCCCACGACUUUGACUACAUCGUCAUGAACACGCGAACCAAGUGGGCCGAACGCAUCUUGGUCGACUUGAAGCGUACAAGCAAGGCGUCGUCAACUGUUGGGAUGCAAUACAUGGGGUAUGGGCUUGGGCUGGGCUACCGCAUGUUGGAGUUUCAUGCAGGCUUUAAAAUGCUCGAGACCGACCAGGUCGUGCGCGCCUAUCGCCACACGUUCCGCCGCGUCUUGCUGUUUGAUUAUGGCAACACCCUCGCUCAAGAACAUCUACCGCAAAAUAACUUUUCCAAGUAUAUCAAAGGCGACGAGGCUGGCACGACAUUGUCUGGCGACCUGCGACACGACACACCCAAGGCGUCACCCGAGUUGCUGACUGCUCUGUCGAAGCUGUGCAGCGACCCUCGCAACACUGUGUUUGUGCUGUCGGGAAAGGAUCGCCAGGACUUGGAGAAGACGCUCGGGGCCGUUCGUGGCCUUGGUCUGGCUGCCGAGCAUGGAUAUUUGUACCGAUGGGGCGACAACGACGACGGCUGGCUGUGCACGAAGGAGAACUUUGACGACUCGUGGAAAGACAUUACCCAUUCUGUGAUGGCCAUUUACACGCAGCGAACCCAUGGCACGUACAUCGAAGUGAAGGGCAGUGCUCUGCUUUGGCAAUAUCGCGACGCCGAUCCCGAGUUUGGUCAACUCCAGGCGAAAGAAUUGCAUGAACAGUUGCUCCAAGUGUUGGAGUCAUACCAAGUCGAAGUGCUUCCUGGCAACGACUACUUGGAAGUCCGUCCGGAAGGAGUUGACAAGGGGGUGAUGGUGGAUCGCAUCCUCUCGACGCUGGAAAGCCGAGGAGGCACCCCGGUCGACUACGUGCUCUGCAUCGGCGACGAUUUGUCGGACGAGUUUAUGUUUAGCUACUUGGAAGAGCGCAACCUGCCCAAGACGUUCACGGUCACUGUGGGCAAAAAGCCCAGCGCAGCCAAGCAUUUCCUCAACGACGUUGAUCAGGUCAUGGAAAUAUUGAAUGCCCUCACUAAAGUCACGACGACCUCCAACCGCAAUCUCUCGAUGAACGAUCUGCGAACAAUGGACCAUCGGUACGUUGAUUGAGUAGGUAGCCUGCAGAUGAAUCAUUAGCACGCGCCAGGUGGUCAGACCAGCCGUCGUCGGUGCACACGACAGGCGCUGCGCCGUCCUUGCCUGCCCCGCCGUCCAACCCGAUGCCUUUUCCAGCUCCGACGGUCCUCGGCCAGCAAUCGCUUGGUGGAUUCAGCUCAAUGAAAAGCGCAAAGCAUUCGAUGUCGAUGACGAGCCUCUCGUCCAUUGCAGCAGAUCCAAAACCAGACUUUCGCCGUUCCGCCACUGCUUCUACGUACGAUGUCUACAUCAGUCACAUCCAAGAGGACGACGACCACGGCGGCAUCUUCUUUUAAGCCAGCGUCGAUAUAUAAUUCAAACACAUCUCUCCAA